AUGGCCUCCCCCACAUCGCCAGCAAUAUGGCUACCGUCUCUUAAAGUACGCCAGCUUCAACGUCUUGCCUCCCUAACGGGGAUAUUGUCCUCAGGCGCCAAAUCGAUCCUGAUUGAACGGUUGUAUCAAAACCUCCAUGUUAGUACACAACAACCAGUACACAAUGUGAACCAAGAGGAAUGUUCAAUAGAUGACAAAAAGACGGCAAGCAUUCUAAGUAUCGACAUGGGCAUUCGAAAUUUGGCCUUCGCCCAUUUAGUCGUUCCCGCCGCGGGACGCGCUGGCCGUACCAAGUCUGGGGAAUUUAAGCCUCCUAUUUUAAGGGCGUGGUAUCGCCUAGCUGUCCCUUCCUUUGUGUCAAAUCCUGACCGGGCUUUGAAUUUUAACCUGGAGGAUGAAAUGAGAGCUAAGAAAAAAAUUACUAAGGAUCGAAAAUCCAAGCCACUUAAUGGACCUGAUGCAUCGUCAGGGUGUGAUUCGACGCACGUCCCAGGAAAUGGAGACGGAAACAAGGUGAAGCAAAAGGAAUCAUUUGCUCCCAAGGUCUAUGCCGCACAUGCUUACACGCUCAUGUCAUCACUUCUGGCCACAUAUAAACCAACACAUGUCCUCAUUGAAAGGCAACGAUUUCGGUCUGGUGGAGGAAGCACCGUUCCAGAAUGGACCAUUCGAAUGCUUUAUGCCGUGCUUCGCGCCAUGCAGCAAGAACGGAAAGGGGAAAUAGCCAACAUCGUCGUUCAGGGGGUAGAUCCACAGAGGGCUUUCCCCCCAAAAGGCAAACUGAUGGGAAGCUUGCAAACCCCCAAUGUGUCUAAGAAAAUCAGCUCGAGUAGGUGCAAGCAAAUCAAGAUAGAUCGGAUUGGCGAACUACUUUCGUCAUGUAUUGGGUUAGAUGCGGACUCCACAGCAUCAACCGGUACAGGCGGCCACCUAGGCAUAAUUUUGGGUGAUGACGGUCAGAUUCAUGAGGUGGUCAAAGCAUAUUUGAAGAAAUGGAAGAAGUUAAAGGGAGGAAAGUUGUCAACGAUGCGGACCUCUGGCGCCACAACAGAUAAUUCACAGGCUCUAGAAAUUGAGAAACUUGAUGACCUGGCCGAUUGCUUGCUACAAGGGAUUACAUGGCUAGAGUGGCAGAACACACUACAAAAUGUCGCUCGUCACGGGUUUGAUGUUGUUUCAUCGAAAAUAGGUGAUUGA